GUUUUUAUUGUAAACCAAAGCAAAAUUCUCUCAAUUGCUAAUCACAAAACAAAUAUUUUCUUUGUGGAUUUUAAAACCACAUGAGAAAACAAUAUUUUGUUUUUCUAGGGCAUCCUGCUGUUUUUCAAAAUUCAAAAAAGGUGGGAGUGCUUUUAAUAAUAAGUGCUGUGCACAUUUCUAAAGUUUUAAUAUCAUAUUUUGUAGUGUGUGCAGAUUGUGUAAAACGAAAGAUGUGUCCUGUAUCUGGUUUGGUUCAGUUUCUGAUAGUUCUUGUAACAGUGUUGCUGGUAUGUCAUGCGGUAAUAGUUAACAGUUGCAAGGUCAAAUUUAAGCCUAAUGCUACCAAAAUACACAUGUAUGACUCUGUUCAAGUCCAAUACGAGAUCAAGGUAAUAGCAGAUCAAGGAAGCGAGUUUAUUCUGUUUUCCGAAAAUGACAAUAUAGCAUCACUUGACAAAGAAUAUCUUAUAUCUUCAAGUAAUAAUUAUAAAGGAAGUUUUAAUAUAACGGGUAACUUUUUAGGUAAAACAGUAGUUUCCUGUAGAAAAAAAAUACAAGGAACUAAAACGCCAAACAGCAGCAUGGAUGUUAUAGUUGUCAGAAAAAAGCGGUUUAUUGAUAAAAUGUUUACCGGUUCUGUGGCUACAUUAAUCAGUAUUUUGUAUAUUAAUUUUGGUUGUGCUUUAGACUGGAAAGAACUUAAGACAAUUCUGAAGAAACCAAUUGGGCCAGCAAUAGGACUAUUUGGCCAUUUUGUCGUAAUGCCUUUGCUGAGUUAUACCUUAGGAGUAAUAUUGUUUCCAAACACCCCCGAAAUGCAGUUGGGUCUCUUUUUCACGGGUGUGUCACCAGCUGGAGGUGCGUCAAAUGUUUGGGCCGUACUUCUUGAAGGAAACAUAAGUUUAUCAAUCACAAUGACAGCUGCUAGUACCAUAGCAGCUUUCGCUUUCAUGCCAUUAUGGAUUUUCACACUAGGCAGAGUAAUUUUCGACAACGCACAGUUGAAAGUACCUUAUGUAGAGAUAAUGACUUAUGUUGUAGCAUUAGUCGUACCUUUAUCAAUUGGGUGUUUAAUACAAAGAUACUUAAAAAAGGUUUCCCACUUUUUAGUAAAAAUUAUGAAAGGAUUCUCAGCGUUGUUGAUAUUAUUUAUUAUAAUUUUUGCAAUUGUGACAAAUGCAUACAUAUUUAAACUUUUCUCGUGGCAGAUAAUUGUAGCAGGGAUGGGUAUACCUUGGAUAGGCUAUCUAGCAGGUUUUUUGAUGGCGAAAUUGUUAAGACAAAAUCCCAUAGACUCUCUAACUGUUGCCAUUGAAGUUGGUAUUCAAAAUACUGGUAUAGCUAUAUUCUUGCUAAAUUUUGCUUUAAUCCAACCUGAAGCAGAUCUAACAACAGUGGCUCCAGUCUCAGUGGCAGUUUUAACACCAUUCCCUUUAUUGUUCUUGUUUAUCAUUAAGAAGCUCAAAGCCCAGUUUUAUCACUCGCAUUCAAAACUAUCACAAGAAGACAACGUAAAAGUAGACAAUAAUAACUCAACUGAAAACAUAUCCAACAACAGCGAAUUAAGAACGGUCUACUGAGAUGUGUAUACGAUUUAUUUAUCAUGCAAAGAAAAAUGUAUAGUAUACUGUUUAGAAUGUGUGUUGUUUACUAUAGAGAAACUUCAUUAUAGUUUUAUUUUAUAUAAAAAUGCGCAAUGAAUUUUUAAAAAUUUCUCUGAAGUUGUUUAAAUCCAAUCCUCAAAUAUGUAUAAUGGUUUAUAUUAUUUAUAUAAGUGGUUUUAUGUAAAAACGAAUAUUUUACAUUAUUAAACAAUAGUAUUAAUUUG